AUGGAUGUGAAAUGUCCAGGUUGCUGCAAGAUUACUACAAUUUUUAGCCAUGCUCAGACAGUGGUUCUUUCUUUUAGGUUGUUCAACAGCAUGUGCCAGGCCACAGGAGAAAAAGGCAGGCUCACAGAAGGCUAUUCAUUUAGAAAGCAACAUUAA